UGCAAAACUCAAUGCUGGUGGAGGGUCCUGUGCAUUUCUGGAAAUGUCUCAUCCUGUGGGGCUCUGCUCUGUUGUUUUACUGGAAGCCCAAGUGGGAUGUGUGAGUAAACUGCAUCCACUACAUCUUGGCAGAAGUGGAUGUUUUUCUGCUCAGAACAACAGCAGAUUUUAGACCCCUUCCAUGUGUGCCAAGCCUUCACCCUCACGCUGUGGCCGAGCCAAGGCUAUUCAAUAUCCAUCAUAAUCCUGUCAGUCAUUUCUGUUGGCUUAAUUGUGAACAACCUCAGAGAGCAGUCUACCAAGCUGCACGACCUCACUGAGGAGCGUAACAAAGUGCAGGUUACAGUCUGCAUGAAGACUGAAGGUGGCAAAGAGCCGGAGUCUUGUGACUUAGUUCCUAGACACAUGUUUCUUUUAGAUGAAAAACUUGCUUUCCUAUAUGAUGCAGUCCUGGUUUCUGGAAGCUGCAUUGUGAAUGAAAGGAUGCUCACAGGUGAAAGCAUACUGAUUACUAAAACCGCCUCGCCCCCAGAGAGACCAGUGCCCUGGAAAACCCACAGCAGGGAAGACUAUCGCCAACAGAUAAAGCUGAUGGGCAGAGUGUCAGUGAGAGCUAUAGUGCUUCAAACUGGGUUCAAUACAGCAGAAGGUGACUUGGUGAGAUGUAUCCUCUACCUCAAACCAGUGAACUUCAAACUCCACAGAGAUGCCUUGAAGCUCAUCAUAAGCUCUGUCAUUGGCAUGUUUGCACUCAUCUACACCGUGUCUGUGUUUGUGUUCUGCAAGGGAUGCAGACACCAUCUCUGA